GCAGCUGAAGGAGGUCAUUGAGUUGCAGAAGAAGAUGCUGAGUGACCGAUAAGAUGGACAAGAAGAGAGAUAAAUUCGCAAAACUCCGGUCAAAAAAAAUUAGCAAAAUUGAUGGCACAACGUCGCAGAUUACAAACUUUUUUAAUCCAAAGAUUUCUUCCUCGGCCAGCGGAUUGAUUGGCAAUGAUAUUCUAAGUCAGCAGAGUGAUAAAUGUAACGGGGAAGCUCCUGAGAGAGUUCCUGAAGAGAGUUCUGAGGAUGAUUCUGUUCAUGCGAAGCGUUUAAAAAUUGAGGAAAAGAAGAAACCGGUCAGGCUGAAAAAGCCAGAAAUCAUACGACCAAAAAAUAAAUCCAGCAGCAAGAAAGAAGAAAAGCUCUUGAAUGAAAUGUUGGUGCAACAGAGCCUAGCUGAGAACAUCAAUCCAGAAGAUUUGCAGCUAGCUCUUGCACUAUCGAGGUCUAUUGCGGACAAUCGCAUGGAGCAUGGAGAAUGUUCAGGAACUGCCACAGAAAGCGCCUCAAAUUCAUCAACCCAAACAACUAAAUUCUCUGCAAAAUUCACUUUGGAAGAGUAUGGAUUCAAAUCCAGCGCCCAGCACAACAGAAAAGCACUGAAUUAUUUAGCAAUGGAAAAAGAUAUGAAAACCUUUAGGAAAAUGUCCCUUCUCCUACAUAGAAACCCGAAGAAGCAAGAUCGUCUCUUUAACGAAAAGAUCAAUGGUCUCCUCAACAAAUCCUUAGAUGUGGUCAGCAGUACCCAUUCAAAGGUGUCUUCGUAUCAUUUUCUAGUAACCUGCCAGUCUCUCAUGGAAUGCUUGAAGCCUGAGAGUAGAAUAAUGUCCUUGAAUUGCAAUCCAGAACCAAUUUGGCAGUCUUUUACCCAAUACUACCGAGGGAAUCUCGUUGAGCCUUCAUGUAGCAAAAUAGAUGCCUUGCUGAGGAAUUGGGAUGAUAUUCCUGGGAGAGAAAUGUCUCCAAAUCGUAUUCGAAAGAAAGAAACAACGCCAGAAAAAAUGGAAGUGGAUGAAUUGGAAAAGCAGGAUGUACAGGAGGAAGAGAUUUGUGCAGAAGGUGUAAAUGUUUCAUUCAUUUCAUUCCAAACACCAAAGAGACGAUCAAUCACGCCGGAUCUUUUGCGAAGCGACGGGGAGAGUACUGCUAAGAGUUCCGUGCUGGAAGAUGUCUCAAUAGAAAUAUCCAGUGAUGAGGAGAUUCCAGAAAUUCCAGGAGCAGAAGAAAAUAUCUCAGAAAGUUCUUCAAAAAUAAAACUUAAUGUUAUUUCCGAAGACUUGGGAACUGCGGAAGAAGCUGAAGAUGCUGAAAAGGAAGAUAAUUGUAUCAAAAGUCAGAAAGAAGAUGAAGCCUUGCUAGAAGAAUCUGUGAUUGUCAUUGAGAGUGAUGACGAUGAUGAUCACGAGGAAGCUGUAAAUCAGAGUAUCUGCAGGAUAAUUGAAGAUCAUCAAGAUACGAAGCAUAUGGGAAGAAAAUCCCUAUCAGAUGGCUUUAUCCUCUGCCGCAGUAGAGUGCAAGAUCCAACAGAAGAUGAUGCAGUGGCGAUCGAAGAAACGCCUCCAGAGGACCUUCCAAUGCCCUCAGAAAUUAAUAUAAAUUCAUUGCUAACGGAUGAUAUAGUCAUGGAUGAUCUACAUACAAAUACCCCGCCUCAAGAGGAAGCUGAAGAAGUCACAUUCCUAUGUGAUGCUCUUAAAAAUGAAGAUAUAACCGUUGUGAAGAGGAGAGGAGUCACCCCACCACCAAACUACGAUGCAAUGGCUCCUGAGGACAUUCAGAAGGAGCUCAAAAAGUACGGACUAAAAAAUAUAAAAGGACGCAAAGCCAGAAUCCUGCUGGAGCACAUUUACAACCAAUUGCAUCCAUUUGUUCUGGUAAAGGACAAAAUGUACGAUCUAAAGUGCAAAUAUGGGCUAAUUGAUGCAAGUACGGAGCCAAAAGAGCUCAAAAGGAAUCAAUCACCUGCAAGAAAUGUAGAGAAUGUCGUUGAUAUUAUUUGCAAGGAUGGUUUCCUUGGAGAUAUUGAUGCGAAAAAAUGCAUUCUGCCAUGUCCGUCAAGGAAGAAAUUGCAAACAUGUGCUCUUCCGCUGCAUAUUGCCUUCUACAACUACCUCCAGUCCAAUCGUCAGGUCCACGAGAAGAUCCUACAGUAUAAUCCAAUUCCAUUGCAAGACAUUCAGGAACAUUUUAAGAGCAUUGGGGUCAAAUACGAGGCAAAUGAUUUAAUAGAAUUCCUAGAUAAGACGUGCAUCACCUUCCAAGGCCCCAAUAGUGGGAGUCGCUUGAGAAAAACGCCACGCAAGAAGAAUACAAAUUCGAAUGGAUUCACUCAGAGCGGCGAAAGCAUUAUGAGUGAUAAGGAGAAGUUUAUUGGUGCCCUGGAUAUUGGUACGACAACACUGCGUUGCAUGAUAUUUGAUCGUUCCCUCCAAAUUCGUGGCUACUCAUGCGAACAGGUGCAACUGCUAUAUCCAAAAGUGGGCUACAUUGAAAUUGAUCCUGAUCAAUUUUGGGCAAGUGUGGUGAGAGUUAUCAAGAAUGCCAUUGAGAAUGCAAAAAUCUCUGUUGAGCAACUUGAAUCAUUGGGAAUUACAACGCAACGAUGCACAUUUAUCACAUGGCAUCGUGAUACGGGAAAGUACUUUCACCGAUUUAUUGUUUGGAAUGAUGUGCGCGCCAAGGAGUUGGUGAAGAAGUGGAAUGACAACAUUCUCCUCAAGUCCUUCCAGGGUGUUUCCAAAUUCCUCUAUAUGAUUACGCGAAACAAACGCUUUCUAGCCGGAAGUGUAAUGAAGUUCAUGAACAGCCAGGUGACUGUACGCCUAGCGUGGAUGAUUCGCAACAAUGAUGAUCUGAGGAAGGCCAUCCAAAAUAAGUCUGCUUUGUUCGGUACCAUUGAUACGUGGUUGUUGCAUAAAUUUCAACAAGGCCUCAAUGAGUGCAAUAAAAAGCCAAUUGAUCACAUCACGGAUGUCACUAAUGCCUCCGCCACGGGACUUUAUGAUCCAUUCCAGCUUAACUGGGCCGAAUGGUCGUUCUCACUGUACGGACUAACUGCCGACAUGAUGCCCAAGGUUGUGGAUAAUACGCACGAUUUUGGUGUAAUCGACAAAUCCAUCUUCGGAAGUGAAAUUAAAAUUGGAUGUUCAAUUGCUGAUCAAUCUGCUUCCAUGUGGGGCUCCUGUUGCUUUGGGAAAGGAGAUGUAAAGGUGACCCUCGGCACUGGGAGCUUCAUGAAUUUAAAUACUGGAAAAGAUUGCCAUGCAUCCAUCUACGGACUCUAUCCUCUCGUAGCCUGGAGAGUUUUCAACAGGGAUUCAAACACAACGGAAGUGGCGUACUGUGUUGAAGGGCAAUCGAACGAUACGGGAUCCAUAAUUCGCUGGGGAAUUGAUUUUGGGCUCUUUGAUGAUCCAUCAGCUUCCUCUGAUAUGGCCUAUUCUGUGGAUGAUUCUGAGGAGAUUUUCUUCAUUCCAGCAUUCAGUGGACUAGGAGCUCCAAUGAAUGAUGCCAAAGCAGCAACGGGAGUCAUUGGAAUUCGACCAACAACAACCAAAUCCCACAUUGUUAGGGCUCUCCUGGAAAGCAUUGCUUACCGCGUGACGCAGCUCUACAUUUGUACCCUUGAGGAGACUGAUUUUAAAUUCUCCAUCAUUCGUGUUGAUGGGGGAGUGUCGAGGAAUGAUUUUGUCUGCCAACUUCUGGCCAAUUUGACUGGAUUAGAAGUAGAGCGUGGUGACAAUUCGGAGCUCUCUGUGCUUGGAACUGCAUUCCUGGCAGGCUUAAAUGCGGGAAUAUUCCAAAAUCGCGAUGAAUUAGGUAUUGAUAUUUGUCAUAGAUAUGACAGGAAAACCAGGCGCCUGGAGCCCAAGUCUCAGGACGUUUAUCUGAGGCUUCUGGUCAAGCUCUACAGAUUCCUGUACCGCCGGACGCACAAGAAAUUCAACAAAAUCAUUUUGCGUCGUCUCUUCAUGAGCAGAACCAACCGCCCACCGAUUUCGCUGCAGCGUGUGGUGCGUUUCAUGAAGGAGGGAAAGAAGCCCGAUAGCAUUGCCGUUGUUGUGGGCUCUGUGACCGAUGACAAGCGUGUCCUGACUAUCCCUAAGCUUCGCAUCUGUGCCCUCCAUGUCACGGCUUCAGCACGCGCCAGGAUUCUGGCCCAGGGAGGUGAAGUGUUGACUUUCGAUCAACUGGCUCUGCUUGCGCCCACUGGUAAGAACACCAUCCUGCUCCAAGGCAAGCGCACUGCUCGUACGGCCCACAAGCACUUCGGCAAGGCUCCUGGUGUUCCCCACUCCCACACCAGGCCAUACGUGCGCUCCAAGGGACGCAAGUUUGAGCGUGCUCGUGGACGUAGGCGCGGGUGUGGCUACAAGAACCACGGAGGCACCAUUGGGCUACCGAUGCGCUUGAAGUACUUUAUUUUACAAAUGGGUAAGAAAAAGAACAAGAAACAAAAUCGUGGUGAAGCGUCAAAUUCUUUCGCGUCAGAAGACGCAUUUUCUGGACGAAGUAAUGGUUUUCCCAAAAAGUCCGCGUCUCAUAAGCAACAGCCCUCUAAUCAUGGACAGAAAAAUCAGAAAAAGUUCAAUAAAAACAACGUAGAAGCGUCACAAAGUGGGAAAAGGAAAGGAAAAUUCUCUGGACCAAACAAUACAAAGAAGAUGAAGCAAAACAACAGUCAACCUGGAAGGUUUGUGAGAAUAAGUCAGGAAUCUUCUGAAGGUGGCCAAAAGGAGACACCAAAGAAAAGCAAGAAUAAGAAGGAGAAUCAAAAGACGAUCUCUCCGAAAAACAUGGAAAUUGUGAGGAAAAUCGACAUAGAAGAUUCAGAGACAUUUGAAGACUCGGAAGAUUCAUUUGAGGAUUUCACGGAUGACAGCUCAUUCCAAUCUAUAAGUAGUUCAGAUUAUACAGAGGACUAUUUUGAAGAUUAUGACUUUCAAUCAAAUUCCGAUGAUACCUACAGUUUUAGUGAUGAAGAGGAUGUCCAAGAAGAGUUCUCCACUGACACCGAUUACACGGAAGAUGAAGAAGUUUCAGAGUAUUCCGACUACCGUUCUGAUGAGGAUGAUGACUACGAACCCGGAGAACAGUACGAUGAUCUAAUUGUGCAACCAGGAGAAGCAAAGUACAUUGAGCUUUCCGAUGCUGCAAAGGUUCAUUUUCAUGAUCAAAGUACUUCGGAGAUUAUUGACUACUUCUCCGAUACGAAUGAAGAGAAAGUGACCAAGAAGACUCCUCAUCGAUCAAGCGAUAAAUCAGUAGAUCCAUGCAAAGAUUCGAGCAAAGCAGUAGUACAUGUUGGGGAUGCUUCACUGGACAGACAUCCAGAAUUUUCAGAAGAACCUGAAAAUGAAGCAAAGAGAAGGAAAAUCUCCUGCUCUAAAAACUGCUCCCAUCAGCUGAAUUUGCCAAAAGUCAAGAAAUCUGUGAAGGAGAGUCCUUUAAAAUCCCUCGUAUAUGAUAAGGAAGCAGCUGAUUCUUCAAGGAAUGAAGAAAUGGAAGUUGUGGAAAGUCCUCAGGAAGAACCUGGUGAACCCGAAGAAAAUACUGAAGAGAUCGAUGAGAAUACUGAAGUCAUUGAGGAAGAUGCUGAAGUUGUGGAUGAACUAGAAAUCAAUAGUAAGGUCAAUUUCUACAAUUCCAUCGAUUCCUACCACGUCCUUUUGCACCUUACGGAAAGUAUUCAUUUUUACGGGAGUUUAUCCAUAAAACUGUUGGCUGGAAGUGCUUCAGUCUCAGGAUAUAAGCUGGAUGUGGAGGAAACUGUUAAGGCUUACGUGCCAGUUGGACAUUCAUCCGUCAGCAUCACUCCAAACGAAUCAGAUUGUCAAAGAGAGUGGAAGGAAUCUCUCAGCAAGGAAAAUAAAUGCAUCAAGGAGAUGUUUUUCGAAGCAGAUCUUCAAGAAAUUGAGAAGAAUUUGAAGACAAAUCAAGCAAUUUUACUUCUCAACAGAACAUCCAAUCGAAGAACUAAAAUGGCAAAGAAAUACUCAACUAAUCGAGUUUUUCCCAACAUGAUCAACUACAAAAGACCCCGAUUGUUUGCUUCGACGGAGUAUAUUCUUGGAUGUCGCUUCAGUAUGGACAGGAGGUACGCUUUUCAAGUCAAUCCUGAUUGGGAGGUCAUUUCUAUGGGGCAGAAGAGUCGAAUUGUUGUAGCUGGUGGGAAGAAUGUUGGGAAAUCCACACUUAUUCGUCAUCUUGUGAAUGAAAAUGUGAAGAAGUUCGGGAAAAUCCUGCUCGUCGAUCUUGAUAUAGGACAACCUGAGACCUUUGUGCCCCAAACUGUGUCUGCAACUCUUCUCGAUGGUCCCAUAAUUGGAAUGGGAUGUUUUGCAGAGAAACUUCCCCUGAAAAGCUACUUAUAUGGUGAUUUGAACGUCGCAAAUUGCCCACAAACGUACAUUGAAUGCGUUGCUAAGCUCAUGCAGGAUUUAGAAGAUAAUGCUGAGUUGAAGAAUAUCCCGUGGGUUGUGAAUACAAUGGGAUAUGCUAGAGGAAUUGGUUUGGAAUUGAUGAUUGCCGUGCUGAGACUUAUUUCUCCCACGGAUGUCAUCCAAAUCACGCACGAUAUUCAACUGGAGAACUUUGAUCAUGAACUGACCAAGGAUUUAGUAUCUAAAUGGACAUGGACAAUCCUGGAUGGUGAUGCUCUGGGCCUUAAAGAACCUUGCAGGGACUUUCAAACGUUUAUUUUUCACACAAUGGUCAGCGGGAAUUUAGCGGCAGAUAUCAGAAAGGCGAAAGGAUCAGAAAUAAGACAAAUCAAUCUCCUUGCUCAAUUGGGAGGAAUUCUGGGGGAGAGUUGUGACUGGAUCACACAAUCAAAGCCAGUAUGUGCCUCUCUGGAGAAAAUAAAACUCUUCAACUUCACGGAUGAGGAUCUCGGGGGUGAGGAGCAUAUUUAUGAUCUUCUCAAUGCUAAUCUGACUUACCUGUGCCGGAAGACGGAUGAGAGCGAUAUCCUCGAGUGCCUGGGAGUGGGAAUUGUCCGGGGAAUUGAUGAAUUCUCCCGGAAGCUCUACCUUUUGCCAUCGACGAGGGAUACCCUUGAUCUGGUGAACUCCCUUGCAAUUUGUCGCAUCGCACUUCCACCACAGUUGAUCCUAAAUCAGAGCUCCAGUGUCCGCGGGGAGUUGCCGUUUGUCUACAAUACGGAUGAGGCAAUUGGAUCCCGGAAUGUGCUAGACAGGAGUUUUAGAUCAGAGAAGGCAAUGAGUAAUAUUUAUUCUCAGGAGAAUAUUAAACAUUUUGAUUAAAGAAUUUUUAUUUUUUAAUAAAUUUUUUUUU